AUGCCCCAUCCACCAGACGUGCCUUGCCAGAACUGCGUUUCCGCCUCGACAUCCUGCACCUUCCCGGCGCGGGAUAGGAACAUCAUCGUGUCCGAGAACUAUGUGCGUUCGCUACAGGCCCGUCUAGAAACGGCGCAGUCGUGUAGCGACGUAAGCACCACACCCGCAGAGGGUCUCCUGCGAGGGCUGGGCCGGCCAAAGCAUGGCACCUCGGCUGCGAAGCUGUCGUUCGAACACGCGACGUCCGAGGCCUUUGUGUCUGGCCUCAAGAAAGCGGGCACGCUCGGUAGAGACAGUGACGCGGCGAAUGAAGCAAUCCCCGGCAGCGCGCAGCUCGGGGCUGAUAUGCGAUCAACCACGAGUCGCUCGGGAAGAUCCGAUAACCCAUCGCAGUACGACUAUGUCGCCCUGGAAUUUGACACUUCCGCCACGAGUAUUGCUAUCCAGUUGCCCCCAUUCCCCUACGCGACCCAGUUGGUGCAGCAGUUCGAGUCAUACAUGGGCUACGAGUACCACUGGUUCCUCCGAAGGGAGUUCCACGCCACACUGGAAGAGACAUACCGCUUCCCAGACUCGCCACGGUCAAGAAAUAGAAUCUGGCUCUGCAAGUUGCUUGCUGUGCUUGCCCUUGGAGAGUCCUACAACAGUCACAAGCCUCCUCUAAUCGACUUGACCGUGGGGAGAUCUUGCGCGCGAGACCGCGAGGGACCAAGCGAGCACGCCAAGACGCCUUACAUCCCUGGCGCAGAGUUCUUUGAGCAGGCACUGUCUCUGUUCAAGAUGCCUACUGAGGAGCCGUCGAUCGAGCACGUAGAGGCGCUGAACCUGAUUACAUUCUUCAGCUACUCUCUCAACCGGCGAAAGACCGCCUUCAUGUACGCCGGAAUGUCGAUGAGGAUAGCAUGCACUCUGAUGUUGCACAAGCCGGCUGGCCAGGUGUCGGCGCCAGCAGCAGAACACCAAAAGCGGGUAUGGUGGACCACGUAUCUCCUUGACUCCAUGACGUCCUUGGAGAUGGGGAUCCGGGCGACCUUUGGGGCUCUUGAGGCCGAGCAGUCUCAGCCGUCUGACGAGCAGCUCUCGAAAACGGACCAGGAUGACUUCUGGGAUGCACAGAUCCUCACUGCGCACCUGAACCUGGACAGCGCUAGGCGCCUUGUGCUUGAGACUGUAGGCCUCCUGCAUGACGCGGAUUUCGCUGGUUUCAAGAGGGCGAUCGAGGUGCCUCUUCAGGAGCUUGAGAAGUGGAGGCUCGCGCUCCCAAACAGUAGCUCCUUUGACUUUUCGUCAGGGAUUCCCGAGGCUAUGCUUGAGCAGCCGUCGAUGCGGUCACUCGCGUCGCUCUUUCUGCGUUUCCACCAGAGUUAUAUAUUGCUCACCAGGCCAGUCUUCUUUAAAGUCCUGGGCCUGGUUAUGGGAAAAGACAAGGAUACGUCCGCAUUGGACGACUUGAUCGCUCUCAGUAGUCAGUGCCUGGAGGCUGCCAAGUGCAACAUGAGAAUCUUGACAGAGCUCUCCAGCAGAGAUAAGCUAGCCAAAUACGGGUUUUACGACGCCAUGCACCUCUUCUCUGCCAUCAACAUCUUCUCACUCACGAGUCUUGUCAACGCUGUCAGACCACUCAGUCUGACACAAGAUGCUAAAGAUCUGGCCUUGCACUGCAGCGCCCGCCAGCUGCUGAUGACAAUGGCGUCGUGCGGGAAUCUCGCGUCCAAGGGCUACGUGCAGAUGCUCGAGGAGAUUGAGCGGAUUGCAGACGUGGUAUCUUUGCAGAGCCAGCAGAACGGGGGCUCCGCUCCGGCGAGCUUCGGCGACGAGAUAUUUCCUUGGAUCGACUCGAUCGACACCUCGGGUUUCUUCUUGGACACGGUGGGUUAUCUCUGA